AGACGGGCUCAGACAUCCACUAUGCUGCUGUCUGUGCUUCUGCUGCUGCUGCUCAGCAGCACACAAGCUACUCACUUUUUGGGCACAGUGAUGACCUACUACCCAAAACAAACCCAUGCAGAUGGAUCCGUGACGGUGUUUGUACGUUACAAGCUAAACUUCCACUCGUGCUCCUACUCUGACACAUGGUAUUGCAGCGGUUCUUGUGGGAGUUCGGCUGUCACACUAGAAGAGGUUGACCUGGAAGCAAGUGGAGAGUGGUGUCAGCAAGAGGGAUUAAUGACUCCGGUUAUUUUUCCAUACUUUUACACCCAGUUUAGGCUGUCGGGUGGUAACUGGAUAGAAAACAUCCAUAAUGGCGUUGUCUCUUGGCAAGCUUUGACUGGCAUGGAAUUGAGGAAACGAUCUGACACCGGGAGAGCAAACAAUUCCCCUCAGAGCACCAUCCUGCCAUUAGUGAGAGUUCCUUCAAACUGUCGGAGAGACUUCAACCUGUUGGCGUUUGACCCAGAUGGAGACAACGUUAAAUGCAGAUUUGGUUCCGAUUCACUGUCUGAGUGUAACCCCUGUGCACCACCAUCUGUCCUAGACCUGUCAUCAUCUUGUACUCUUUCCUUCAACGGAACCAGCAGCACCUAUGCAGCCAGCAGCAUCAACACAAACAGCAGCAUCUAUGCAAACAGCAGCAUCUACGCAAACAGCAGCAUCUACGCAAACAGCAGCAUCUAUGCAAACAGCAGCAUCUACGCAAACAGCAGCAUCUACGCAAACAGCAGCAUCUACGCAAACAGCAGCAUCUACGCAAACAGCAGCUUCAACACAACCAGCAGCAUCAAAGUAGGUCCGUAUGCAGUGCAGCUGGUAUUGGAGGACUUUCCAAGGCAGAACAUUACGUUGACUAAUCCCAGUGGGCUUCAAGAAACCAGAACAGCCAAUCAGGCAAUCAGCAAAAUACCACUCCAGUUUGUUUUACAAGUGGACCCUCCGGUAGACUGCACAGAAGGAAUAUUUCUUCCAAAAUUACUGCCUCCAACUCCAGAAAACAGAGCUCAGUUGUUCACCAGGGUGAAUCAAGCAUUGGAAAUUAGUAUCAAUGCAGAGGCCAUAAAUAGCACGAUCUCUGAGCUCCUGUUCAGCGGGCCGUCCGGUAUGGUCAAGAAUUCAUUUGGAUCAGGACACUUUGCACUGAGAUGGACGCCAUCGGCGAGAGACGAAGGAGAAAGCCACCCCGUCUGUUUUGUUGUCCAGGGAACAUUAUAUUCUGCCAAGUAUCACUCCGAGCUCCGAUGUGUCAUUGUGCAUGUCGGGUACGAUGUUUUAGCCAGAGUGAACAUGAAGGUUUUUUCUUCACUGACAUCUGGAGGCAACAUCAGUGAUGCCCUUCUGCAAGAGAUUAAAGAAGAGCUGGUGAGACUGGGGCUGCCUUCAAACACCACUCUGAAUCUGCUGAAAAGUCACAGCGUGUUAGUCAACACAACUAUACCCGGUGUUUAAUCGAGAAAAGUGCAUCAUAUCCCUGCAGGAGGUUUGUUGCUGCUGCAUUCAGGUGUUUCAUCCUUGCAUUUAGUGUUUUAAUCCACAACUUAGGUGUUUAGUUAUUAUCCUAUAAUGGAACAUGUGUUUUAUUUUAUUUUUAAUUUAUGUGCUUGGAAUCUGAUAAGUCAUACAUUAUAGUUUUAAGUAUCAAUAAAUUUCCCUGGGCAGACAUCUUUUCUUACUUUUAUAUACUAUUGUAUGUGAUCACAAUAAAUUACCAGC